AGUAAGUUCUUGCGCAACAAGCGUGUUGGAACACACUCUAUCAGCGUCACCUCCUUUUGCUUUCCUUCGCUUUUGAGCCCCCCGGUUCUAGCACACAUUGAGAAUUGCAAUUGAAACUUACUUCAAACGAGGAGUACAGUUGUGCACAAAACUGGUUUCGCUUUAUUUUUUCAUGUUGCCAUGCUGUCAUAUCCAUAUGCAUUUUUGAAAUAUUUUUCUAACGUAAUUGUUCACAACUCAACGACCCUUCUAUUUUCUUUUCCCAAUUUGAGACAUUUUUUUUUAUUCUGCAAAAUUUUCGGAGAACUUUUUUGAAAAAUAUUCACCUCCCAGUGUAGAACUUUCGAACUCCUUUGCACAAUCACCACAGCAUCAUAAUUCAUUCGCGGAGAGCCACGGACGUGGACCAGGAAGAGAACACACCAGCAUGGCGCCGGGGAAGCGACGUUUCAACAAAAAUGGUAAUGUGGCGGCUCUCUACAGAGCCGCGGAAUUCGUUGCCCUGCAGAUGUCCUGUGGCGGGCCGGGAACGGCUUCUGCGACCAAAGUCCCUCCAGAAGUCGUGCCGGAAAGAAACCCGGUCACGAAAACUGCGGGCGAUCCGGCAAAUGCAUCCGGUGGGGAAGAGCCAGACAGUUCGGAUGAACUUUCUGAACGCCAACGCCAAACGGAAUCGGAAAGCGAGAGAACCGUCUCUGACAGUGAACACGAAGCCCACGAUCACGGUUGGCCGGAGUGA